AUUUCGUUGUGUAUCUGAGUUACGAAAAACGCGUAUUUUUAAAAGUGUAUCCAGUACCGGGGUCGAACUGUUUGCUUUAAGUUUCUCUUCCAAGAUUAUCUUAGUUUGAGACCCAUUCUAUCUCUUGUUGUUGUCUAUUGGUUUUGUGGGUGAGUUUAAAUGCAUUGUCAGCGCUCUUUGGGUUUUCGAGAAAGAAAGUUGUGUACACGUGUACAACACAUGUUCUGAUUGCACUUUGACUCUCUAUCAUAUAUACAUAUAUAUGUGUGUCAUUUUGAUCGAAGCAUAAAUGUUGAAGUUCCUCUGUUUUUUCUACCAACUAACCAUCGUUAUUCAAUGGAUAGUGAUUCGUUUUGAAUUUUAAUUCUUUCGCACCUUCAAAGCAAAUCCCCUAAAAACUUUUCCCUGGAUUAUUUUUUCCUAAACCUGUUCCAAGUUCAAAGUCAACCUUGAAUGAAGUUGGAACCAGCGUCGAAUAAAAGAAACGCAGGACACAGCACAAAUCCACCUAAGUCAGAUGUAAACAGAACAAUUACAACAAAUUUAUGUGGAUGGAGUGAACAGAAUGCUUUUGAUUCGGUAUGUCUUAAACCCGCUUGUCGAACAACCGGUUCUAAUGUUAUGGGAGGUGUAGGAUGUGGAAAAUCCGAAAGAUUCUCUUACCAAAAACCAACAAGAAUCGGUAAACAGUACAAAUUCUAUCAUUAUGAUGAUCCGCAUGCUUACAUACUUCAAUAUAGACGGGAUUGUACAUUGAAUUCUAGUUCGAAAGAUCAUAACCAAGACAAAGGACCAGUAGAAGAAUUCAAUAAAUCAAUAGUUGUUGAAAUGGAUGCAAAAAAUUACAAUCAUUCAGAGAAGUCCGAUAUCAGUCAGAUAAACAAUGAAAGUUUUUCUGAACAACCACAUCUUAAAUCAACGUGCAUAACAACAACAACAACAACAACAAAUAAUUUUCAACCCCAGUUAUCUGAAAUAAAAGUAAAAUCUACCAAGUCAACAUUAAAUUCUACUACUACUACUACUACCACUGUGUCUGGGAAUCGUCAUUUAUGGGUGAAUAACUGUCCUACUGGUCCAGGUCGUAAUAAUCAUAUGAAUAAAGUUUCUAAUGCAGAUACCAGCAAUAAACAUGUCAGUCAAAUGAAACAAAAAUCAACUAAAAAAGAGUCAAUCAUUAAGUCACAUUACAUUUAUUCAAGUCAAUUGACAUCAGGACAAUUCUCUGAUAAAACUGAUAUGAAUUCAAAUGGAUCAAAUUAUAUACCUGUUCUACGUAUAAAAAGUGCAACAAAAUUGAAUGUAGAAUCUACUAAUUAUAUAACUACUAUUCAACAAACAAUUCGUGAUGCAAAUCAUCCUGAAUUUUGGCCUUUAUUAUAUAAGAAAUUGAUUCAUUUACAAGCUGAACGUGCUAAUCAAACUGAAGAAGAGAAAUAAUCAUCCCCCCCCCAAAAAAAAAUAUUGAAUAAUUGAAUGUGUGAAGUAUAUGAACAAAGAAAAUUCAACUAUUUUUCUAUGACUACUAUCAAUGAUAACAUUUAUUUAAAUAUAAGUGAAAUAAAAUGAUUUAAUGAUUUGAACUACUCGACUUAAAUCAAAAACAUUUACAAACCUUCUUCAUUGAAUGACUUACUGGUUAGCGUUUUUUUAGCGAGUUAGUUUUCUACGAGAUGAGGUCGUUAACCCCAUGCCCAACCCUCCUCCUUUUCCCCGGUCUUGGGACCGUCACUAAUUCGGGAAGAGCUGCAGACGAAGUCCUUGUCAUUGAAUGCCCAUAAUUAAAAAAAUGAUGAUUCUUAUUAGUAUGAUUUGACCAUAUAUUACUUACUUACGCCUGUUACUCGCACUGGAGCAUUCUCUAACCCACUCUGUCCUGGGCGUUCCUUUCUAGUUAUAUCCAAUUGUUGUUCAUUCUUCUCAUAUCUGUCUUUAUUUCUCAAUGCAAUAUGUUCUUUGGUUUUCCUCUCCUCCUUUGGCCUUGAGGAUUUCAAGUGACGGCUUGCCUUAUGACCAUAUAUAAUCAUUCUACUCAUUAUGGAUAUAGUUUAGACUUUACACAGACAUAAAGAAUAUAAUAUGAUCGAGGAUAUUUUAACAUAAUUAUUGGAAUCGGUGUGUAACGGUUAGGCAGGAAUCGGCAACAAAUUUAGUAGCUACUCACCCCCCACCACCACCAAAAGAAUCUUAGGUUUUAGGGGGUUGUGUAGUAUAAGAAAUCAACAAUUGGUCUUAUCUCUGUGAAAGAUUAAUACUUAAUACAAAUGCUACUACUCUUUAUGUACAUUUGCUAACUUAAAAUGACGAUCAAAAGAUGAUUUGUGUUGAUCUGGUUCAAAAACAGAAUAAGUUGUUCAAUAAAUUCA